AUGAAAACUAGCUGCAAUGUGAGUGCGCAUCUGGGUGACAGAGGAUGGCUGUUAUUUCCAGGCCACUCUCAUCCUACGGGAAAGAUCCAGUCGAUGGGAGACAUGUACCUGUUCACAGUGGAUGUGAGUGAGUUCUCUCCAGAGGAUGUCAUCAUCACAUCGUCAAACAACCUUAUAGAAGUCUAUGCGGAGAAAGUGAGCUGAAGUUCCGGAACAUCAAACACUUGUUGUGUAUAAGUUAUUGUUGUUACCAAAUGUACAUCUAUUCUUAUUUGUUUACCUCACUUUCCUCCUCUUGUCAUGUUCUUGUCUCAUAAUUUGUUCCCACCAGCUAGCAGAGGAUGGCACGGUUAGGAACACUUUUGCCCACAAGUGCCAGUUGCCGGGGGACGUGGAUCCAAUGUCUGUGACAACCUCAUUGGAAAAAAGUGGUGACUGUCUGACUCUGACUGUCAAAGCCAGAAGAAAUUAG